AUGGCCAGCUACCCCGAGCCCGAGGGCGCCGCGGGGGCCCUGCUGGCCCCGGACGCCGCCCGCGCGGCCAAGGAGCCCGAGGCGCCGGCCUCGCCGAGCCCGAGCAAGGGCUGCAGCGGAGGAGGCGGCGGCGGCGGCGCCGGGACCGCAGCCCCGGAGAAGCCCGACCCCGCGCAGAAGCCCCCGUACUCCUACGUGGCGCUCAUCGCCAUGGCGAUCCGCGAGAGCGCCGAGAAGCGGCUCACGCUGUCCGGCAUCUACCAGUACAUCAUCGCCAAGUUCCCCUUCUACGAGAAGAACAAGAAGGGCUGGCAGAACAGCAUCCGCCACAACCUCAGCCUCAACGAGUGCUUCAUCAAGGUGCCGCGCGAGGGCGGCGGCGAGCGCAAGGGCAACUACUGGACGCUGGACCCGGCCUGCGAGGACAUGUUCGAGAAGGGCAACUACCGGCGCCGCCGCCGCAUGAAGCGGCCCUUCCGGCCGCCGCCGCCGCCCGCGCACUUCCCGCCCGGGAAGGGGCUCUUCGGGGCCGGCGGCGGCGGCGGCGGCAUGGCGGGCGCGGGGGCCGACGGCUACGGCUACCUGGCGCCCCCCAAGUACCUGCAGUCCGGCUUCCUCAACAGCUCGUGGCCGCUCCCGCAGCCGCCCUCGCCCAUGCCCUACGCCUCCUGCCAGAUGGCGGCGGCGGCCGCGGCGGCGGCGGCGGCUGCAGCGGCGGCGGCGGCCGGGGGCCCGGGGAGUCCCGGCGCGGCCGCCGCGGUGGUCAAGGGGCUGGCGGGCCCGGCCGCCGCCGCCGCCUCGUACGGGCCGGCGUACUCCCGCGUGCAGAGCAUGGCGCUGCCCCCGGGCGUGGUGAACUCCUACAACGGCCUCGGGGGCCCGCCCGCCGCGCCCCCGCCGCCGCCGCCGCCGCCGCACCCGCACUCGCACCCGCACGCGCACCAUCUCCACGCGGCCGCCGCCGCCGCGCCCCCGCCGGUCCCGCCGCCGCCGCACCACGGCGCCGCCGCCGCGCCGCCCCCGGGCCCGCUCAGCCCGGCCAGCCCGGCCGCCGCCGCGCCCCCGGCGCCCGCGCCCCCCAGCGCGCCCGGCCUGCAGUUCGCCUGCGCCCGGCAGCCCGAGCUCGCCAUGAUGCAUUGCUCCUACUGGGACCACCACGACAGCAAGACCGGCGCGCUGCACUCGCGCCUGGAUCUCUGA